UCGAGUUUAGGAAGGCGCUCCGGGCACGUGAUUUGGGCCAGACUUUUACGAACCUUUUUAACAAUUUUAUUUGCGUUAAUUAAAAGGGAUUUUGUAGCUAAGAUCCGAGGAUCGCGACGGGAAGGUGUUCGACGGAAGGCCGCCGAGGAUGAUGACUGCGUCCUCCUCCGGCGGCGGUGAUAGAUCAGGCGUCGCUUACUUCCCCCUUCGCCUCCUCUCUCUGCCUCGCCCUGAGUCGCCUUCAAGCCGCGAGGGAGCGGAGGAGAAAGAGGCGAACCCGCUCCUCCCGAUCCGAUCCGGCGGUGAUCCGAUAGCGAACGGCCACGAUGAGGGAUCCGAGCGCGCGUACGAAGCCCAUGAGAAAGUCCUAAUCGCUGAGGAUGACGCCGACGAUGACGGCGGGUCAUCUGCGCCGCCUUUCUCGUGGAAGAAGCUGUGGCUCUUCACCGGGCCGGGGUUCCUGAUGAGCAUAGGGUUUCUGGAUCCAGGGAAUCUGGAAGGGGAUCUGCAGGCCGGAGCUAUUGCGGGCUAUUCAUUGCUCUGGCUGCUGCUGUGGGCGACGGCGAUGGGGCUGCUGAUCCAGAUGCUAUCGGCCAGGCUCGGCGUGGCUACCGGGCGGCAUCUGGCGGAGCUGUGCCGGGAAGAGUACCCACGCUGGGCACGGUUGGUGCUCUGGUUCAUGGCGGAGGUGGCCAUGAUCGGGGCGGACAUCCAGGAGGUGAUUGGGAGCGCCAUUGCGAUCAAGAUAUUGAGCCGUGGCAUGCUUCCACUCUGGGCAGGAGUUCUUAUCACGGCCAUGGAUUGCUUAAUUUUCCUGUUUUUGGAGAACUAUGGUGUGAGGAAACUUGAAGCAUUUUUUGCCGUUCUGAUUACUACAAUGGCUUCUUCUUUUGCAUGGAUUUUCAGAGAAGCCAAGCCUAGUGAAACAGACCUUCUCAUCGGUGUUUUAGUUCCAAAAAUUGGAUCAAAAACAAUAAGGGAGGCCGUUGGAGUUGUUGGUUGUGUGAUAAUGCCACAUAAUGUCUUCCUGCAUUCUGCUCUUGUACAGUCACGAAAGAUUGACCCUAACAAGAAAACUCAGGUUCGAGAAGCAUUAAGAUAUUACUCAAUUGAGUCAACGCUGGCCCUAAUGGUCUCGUUUUCAAUAAAUAUGUUCGUUACAACAGUUUUUGCAAAGGGAUUUUAUGGUACUAAAGAAGCGGAAAAUAUAGGCCUUGAGAAUGCAGGGAAAUUUCUGCAAGAGAAAUAUGGGCAGGGACUAUUUCCUGUUCUCUAUAUAUGGGGAAUAGGUUUACUAGCAGCUGGGCAAAGUAGUACAAUUACCGGUACAUAUGCUGGACAGUUUAUCAUGGGUGGUUUUUUGAAUCUACCUUUAAAGAAAUGGAUCAGGUCAUUGAUCACUAGAAGCUUUGCCAUUGUACCGACUAUUGUGGUUGCUCUAUUUUUUGACACAUCUGACUCUGCACUAGAUGUGCUGAACCAAUGGCUUAAUGUGCUUCAAUCUGUUCAGAUCCCAUUUGCCCUUAUUCCGCUCCUCACACUGGUGUCGAAGGAACAGGUUAUGGGAAUUUUUAAAAUUGGCCGUACCACACAAAUUCUAACCUGGGUCGUGGCGGCACUCCUAAUAGUUAUCAAUGGCUAUCUAUUACUGGAAUUCUUCUCUUCUGAAGUUGAAGGUUUGCUACUAGGGUCUAUAUUCUCUGCUGCGGUAGCUGUAUACACGACAUUUGUUAUUUAUCUCAUUCUGCACGGUGGCGACUUCUCAACCCAGCUCGCCUCGUCAAUUCGAAAGCAAUUUUGGCAUUGAGAUAUACUGAUAACAUCAUCAAUCAAAUCAUGUUCAAGGGAUCUCCAUAUAGAUUCCUAAAAUCGGGAGAUGAUCUGAUUAAUGAAAUCAGAAUAUGCUGAAUAACAGCAGAGCUGAUGCAAUCAAGAUAGAUCUACCAAUACCAUGCCUUGAUAGGGGCCCUGCAAUUGCUAAUGGAUUAUGCAACUAAUCGAUACUAUUCCAGAAUGUUUAUCUUACAAGACUUUGUUCUUGAAACAUGAUGAUCAAUAGAGCAGGGUUAUUUUUAUAUAUAUGUAUAUUGCCUGCUUGAACAGCAAAAGGUUCUCAGUUCGGAUCGAUAGAGAUGUAUUUAUCGCAAAGGUUUUCUUCUAACCUACUUGAUGCUAAUUAAAGCAUUUGAACUCGCUUUGUGCUCGUGUAUAUGUUUUAUUAAAGUUUACAACUAGUUA